AUGGCACCCUGGCUCAAGUUCUGCUCCUUCUUCUUCUCGCUCACGGCCUGCCUCGAUGGCCCGCGCCUGGCCGUGUCCGCAGGAGGGACCAGUAGCGGCGGCGGCAGGAAAGGACCAGCGGGCGAUGCUUGCGGCUGGAUGGGUCUCUCUCCAACUGGAAAGAAUAUUGGGCUGCUCAACAUUACCUUUAAGUAUGACAACUGUACUCCUUAUUUGAAUUCAGUGGGAAAACAUGUGAUUGGAGAUGUACAGAACAUCACAAUUAGUCAGUAUGCGUGCUCUGACCAAGUUGCAGUGGCUGUAUUGUGGACAGCCAACCCCACCGGUAUUGAAUUUCUGAAAGGAUUUCGAGUUAUACUUGAAGAGUUAAAAUCAGAGGGAAGACAAUGUCAGCAGCUGCUUUUAAAAGACCCAAAGCAGCUCAACUCAAGUUAUAAGUGGACUAGAGUGGAAUCUCAGCCCUUCCUAAAUUUGAAAUUUGAAACUGACUACUUUGUAAAGAUUAUUCCUUUUCCAUCCAUUAAGAAUGAAAGUAACUACCAUCCUUUUUUCUUCAGAACUCGGCCUUGUGAAUUGCUGCUGCAACCAGAAAACCUGGUCUGCAAACCUUUUUGGAAGCCAAGGAGCUUGAAUGUUACCCAGCAAGGUUUUAAUAUGCAUGUAUCUUUUGACCAUGCACCACAUAACUUUGGAUUCAGAUAUUAUUACCUGCACUACAAACUCAAAACUGAUGGACAGUUCAAACAGAAGAUUUGUAAACAGGAAAAGAAUACAGAUGUAACAAGUUGUAUUCUUCAGAAUGUCUCACCUGGAGAUUAUAUCAUUGAGCUUGUUGACGAUACCAACACCACAAGAAAAACAAUGCACUAUGCAUUAAAGCCAGUGCACUCCCCAUGGGCAGGGCCAAUAAGAGCAAUAGCCAUUACUGUGCCCUUGGUUGUCAUCUCAGCAUUUGCAACACUUUUUACAGUGAUGUGUCGCAAAAAGCAACAAGAAAAUAUCUAUUCCCAUUUAGAUGAGGAAAGUUCUGAAUCUUCUACCUACUCUGCAUCUCUCCAUGUGGAAAGGCAACAGCCUCGGCCCAAAGUCUUCAUCUGCUAUUCCAAUAAAGAUUGCCAGAAGCACAUUAAUGUCAUCCAGUGUUUUGCCUUUUUCCUUCAGGACUUUUGUGGUUGUGAGGUUUCUUUAGAUUUAUGGGAAGAUCUGAAAAACUGUAAAGAAGGUCAGAAAGAAUGGCUUCAUCGGAAAAUCAAUGAAUCCCAAUAUAUCAUUGUUGUAUGUUCAAAAGGAAUGAAAUAUUUUGUGGAGAAAAAGAGCUGGAAGCACAAGAGAUCCAGGGAAAAGGAUACUGGGAAAGGAGAACUCUUUCUGGUUGCCAUAGCUACCAUAGCAGAGAAACUACGUCAUGCAAAGCAGAAUUCACGUGACCUAUGCAAGUUCAUUGCUGUUUACUUUGAUUAUUCCUGUGAAGGUGACAUUCCUGGAAUACUAGAUUUAACCACAAAAUACAAGCUUAUGGAUAACCUGCCUCAGCUUUAUGCUCAUUUACAGUCCAGAGAUCUUAGUCUUCAUGAUUCAGAAUUGUAUCCUGUACAUAUUAGCAAAAGAAAUUAUUUCAGGAGUAAGUCUGGACGAUCUCUCUAUGUAGCCAUUUGCAACAUGCAUCAGUAUAUUGACCAGGAGCCUGAUUGGUUUGAGAAGCAGUUUGUUUCUUUCUUCCCAACACCUUUACGUUGUCAAGAUCCAGUGACAGAAACCUUUGACACUGGCUUGGUAUUAAAUGACUUAGUCAAUAAACAACUGACUGAUGGGGAUUUCUAUCUAAAGGUAGACGCAAAUGUUGUUCCACCUUUAAAUUCAGACUCUCUCUGUGUGAUGCAGCAUUUGAAUCUUGGUGUGGAUAAAGAAUCUCAGGACAUUCAAAAUAGUAGCUCCAUUCUUCAGCCAUUGCUACAUGUUGUAAAAGCUGCUAAUCUACCAGACAUGCCCCGAGAUUCUGGAAUUUAUGAUUCUUCUGUGCCUUCAUCUGAACUGUCAUUACCUUUAAUGGAUGGACUCUUAACAGAUCAAACUGAAACUUCUUCCAUUACAGAGAGUGUCUCUUCCUCAUCAGGACUGGGAGAAGAUGAACCACCUUUGCUUGCUGCCACCAAAUCCUUAGUGCCCGGAAUAUGUAAAGCUGAACUUCACUGCUGUAUCCGCACGGAAGAACUGCAGGCAAUUGCACCUUUAUAG